UUUUGAUGUAUUUUUGGUGGUAACAGCGGCCCAUAUUAUUAUGAAAUCUUAAAAUGAUGUUCUAUUUGCUAUCCCUGAUAAAUGGUCACCCUGUGAAUAUCUCGGAGCAGCUUUUCGCCGAGGUUCGUCUUUGCCAAGAGCAACAUGGACGCUUGACAGAGGAGCUAUUAUCAGCGCUCUACUUCGUUUUUGGUCAGCCAAUACUACAUGCCCUUGACCUCGUUGACAGAAGAAGUAUCACUAGGCUCACCUCUCCUAGUGGUAGGAUCAUCCAUCAGGUUGUUGGUAGCUCAGGACAGACAUACACAUGCCUGAAAGCGUCUAGUUUUUGCACAUGCCCAUCUUACACAUAUACAGUUCUGGUCAAGAUGGAAACAAUUAUGUGCAAGCAUCUCUUAGCGGUCAAUCUAGCAGAGGCCAUUCACAACAUCAAAGAAAAAGAAGUAUCAAACGAAACGAUUACGGCUCACCUGAGUUACGACUGCUAAGACGAAACCAGUACAAAAGAUUCAAUGAUAACUGAUGGCGAAGUACAUUCUAAUGUAUGUAACAGAUACUAUAACAGGUGAUGCCAGAAGCCUUGACCUCGUAUGGUUAGCUGUCUAUUUGUGUCUAUUUCACUAAUAAACAUUGACAAGUAAAGCCUGGUUCUCAAUUUCAAUGCAAGAAGACGCAACUCCAUAUUUUCACUAUGAAAAGAAGCGACGCAAAAACGAGAGAACAGAUUUUUUUCUUUCGUUUACUUGCUCUUGUGUUUAUGCUUGCGUCGGCUUGCUUCGCUAGUGAGAUACUGGCUUAACUUUUGUUUCCGACUUUAAGUAAAACCACAUUAUGUCAGUGAAUUUUCAGCCGAAUAAACUUAAUUCCUCUUGGCGUAAUAUUUUCCCAUUAACACGUAUCAUUCCCUAUAGUAUCGUUUCUUUGUUUAACAGUUGCGAAGGAGAAAAACCAGAAUAUGGAUAAGACUCAAACAAAGAAUCUUAAUCUCUAGGGAAUGACACGUGGUUGUCCCAACAUUGAACUUCGAUAUUUUUAUCCAAUGAUAAAGAUAUUAAAGAAUUAUAAAAGGCCCUUAAGUCAAAAGUCGAAACAUGAGCCUCGAUGACUCUCGAGAUAUUGAACAAUCACUCCCCACAAUCGACGUAAAAUAUAUGAUUUACAUUUUUACAUUUAAGAAAACCGUUCAAUUAUGGGACACUGUAGAGGGGUAGGGAAGGAUUUUCCAUUUAUGUAUAAGUGUUUUACAAAAAAAAUGUUAUAAGAAAUUUUAUAUCUUGCAAUAACAGAAAAACCAAUAAAAUAGCUCUCUCCAUG